GUCAGAGGUAAGAUCAAACUUUCAGGAACAUAAACAAGAGUGGUAGAGUUGUUACAUCAUGUGUUCUUCAUCCAGAGGAAACCAAAAAUUUCCGCUUCACGGAAGCUAAUGCUCAAGAGUCUGAUGGUAGCAAAGGCCAAGGAGGAACUAGAGCAUGAAAUCCAUGAGAAAGAACGGGAGAAACAUAAAUACCUGGCCGAAAGAGCUCCGUCCCACAACCUCAGUCAUAUGAGUGUUGCGCAAUUGCAGGAUCUGUGCAGACAGCUCCAUGACAAAAUUGACCUGGUAGAUGAAGAGCGAUAUGAUAUUGAAGCCAAAGUGUCGCUCAACACACGAGAGAUUCAAGAUCUGAGCAUCAAGGUGUUGGACCUGAGGGGCAAAUUCAAGAAGCCCGCUCUACGGCGCGUUCGCGUGUCUGCUGACGCCAUCCUGCGCUCCUUGCUGGGCUCCAAACACAAAGUCUCCAUGGACCUCCGAGCCAACCUCAAGUCCGUCAAGAAAGAAGACACGGAGAAGAAGCGGCCUGUAGAGGACAGCGACUGGAGGAAAAAUGUGGAGGCAAUGUCAGGCAUGGAGGGACGAAAGAAGAUGUUUGACGCUGCCAAGGGUUCUGCGCAGUGAACCCACAACGGCGGCCUGUGGCAGCUUUCUCUCAACGCAUUUCGCUAAGCGCUCCGAUUGAUUGGCUCAGAUUUCAUGAGCUGACUGUCGUUAGGAUUAUUUUCAUUUGCUUUGUAUUCAAAAACAGUGGAGUGAGAAACUGUAACAUAAGUUGCAUCCUAAUAAAAUCAAUCAGAGUUC